AUGGCAAACAAAAAAAGGCAGACGAAACCCGCGGAACCGCCGAAGAAGCGACUCAAGACCAACAAUUCCGAUAAAAGCAACGGUACCGCUCUGACAGAAGAAGUUACCAACAUCAAUGCGUUGAACUGGCAGACCGUGCAGCCUCCUGAUAUUCUUGAGGAUGCAGAGGGUUUCUACGGCCUUGAGGAGAUAGAAGGAGUGGAUAUUAUUAGGCCUGCGGAUGGGGAGCAGUUGAAGUUUUUGGCUGCAAAGAGCAGUAUUAAGACCGGCGACAACGAGGAAUUGGAUGAUGAUGACGAUGGAGAAGAGUGGGAGGGUUUCAGUGAUGAGGUCAAGCAACAGCCUGAGCCAGAACAACUGCCAUCCAAAUCAACGGAAAAUAAGAAAAAGAAAGAUAAGAAGGAGAGAGAAAAGCCUAGGCAAGAGAAAGACAAUGCUAAGGUCCAAUCGAUACCCUUCAGCGUUCUGAAUGAAGCCAACGAAGAGGCUGACAUCGAUGUUUCAGCCUGGGAUUCCCUUGAUCUACGUCCAGAGCUCCAAACAAGCCUCUCCCGCCUCAGGUUCGCCCAACCAACUCCCAUUCAAAAGGCAACCAUACCCGAAAUUCUGGGCGGACGGGAUGUUAUUGGUAAAGCAGCCACGGGUUCGGGUAAAACGCUUGCUUUUGGCCUGCCAAUAUUACAGUGUUUGCUAAACAGACAAGAACAACGCCCUUCCACCUCAUUAGCUUUAUCGAAGUCCGGUGAUAAAAAGCCAAUAGCGCUCAUCCUCUCGCCUACCCGCGAAUUAGCACAUCAGCUCGUCAAGCAUCUGAAAGAAGUUACCAGCUCCGCUCCUAACGUUGAUGCAUACAUCGCCUCCGUUACAGGUGGGCUAUCCGUGCAUAAGCAACAACGCCAGCUCGCUGAAGCAGACAUCAUAGUCGGAACCCCUGGCCGGCUUUGGGACAUGGUUAGCUCCACUCCUCAGAUCCUCACCAAGUUGCGGUCCAUCAAAUUCCUUGUCGUCGAUGAAGCAGACCGGCUACUUAGCGAGGGCCAUUUCAAGGAAGUUGGGGAGUUACUUUCCGCUCUUGACAAGACGAGGACAUCUGAUGAAGAUGUUGACGAAGCCCCCGAAGAGGAAGAAGAGCCGGCUGGCAGACAAACAUUAGUCUUUUCUGCGACAUUUCAAAAGGGGUUACAGCAGAAACUCGUGAAAAGAGAUCAUUCAUUCCAUGAUAAUCUUCUGGAUAAAAAGGAGUCGAUGGAGUAUCUUCUCAAGAAACUCCGGUUUAGGGAUGAGAAGCCUCGUUUUAUCGAUGUCAAUCCUGUCUCACAGAUGGCAGAUAACCUCAAAGAGGGUAUAAUUGAGUGCUCUGCCAUGGAGAAGGAUCUUUACCUCUAUUCAGUGCUGCUCUUCUAUCCAAAACACCGCACCCUAGUCUUUACUAACUCUAUCUCCUCCGUGAGGAGACUAACUCACUUCCUCCAAAACCUCAACCUCCCUGCCCUCUCCCUGCAUUCUUCCAUGGCCCAAAAAGCGCGCCUUAGGGCGGUUGAACGUUUCUCUUCCUCUACAGCUGACCCUUCCCCCAUCCUCAUUGCCACUGACGUUGCUGCCAGAGGCCUAGAUAUGCAAGGCAUCGACCUAGUGAUCCACUACCACGUCCCCCGUACGGCAGAUACUUAUAUCCAUCGAUCUGGCCGCACCGCCCGCGCCUCAGCAUCCGGAAAAUCGAUCCUAAUAUGUGCCCCUGAGGAAACCGCAGGCGUAACCCGCCUCGUCGCCAAAGUUCACCACACACAAAAACGCAAGACUUCGUCCAAGGACGUUCAGCUACACUCCAUCCACCUUGACCGCGGAAUCGUAACCCGUCUUCGCCCACGCGCAAACCUCUCCAAAAAGAUAACAGAAUCCGCUCUCGCCAAAGAGAAAAUCUCUUCCGAGGCGGACUGGUUACGAUCUGCCGCCGAAGACCUGGGCGUAGACUACGACAGCGAAGAAUUCGCUGAGCAAGAGUCAAAGAGUCGUGGUCGAGGCAGAGGUGGCGGGCGCCAGGCUAAGGAAAGACAGGCAAGCAAUGUGUCCAAGGCGGAGAUGGCGAGGCUACGUGCUGAACUACGUGAUCUUCUUUCCAAACGGGUCAACCUGGGUGUCAGCGAGCGCUACCUUACGUCCGGCAGAGUAGAUAUUGAUGCUUUACUGAAAAGCGAGGGGAACCCAGCGUUCUUGGGACAUGUCGAGAAACUAGAUUUUUAA